UGCUGGACCGUUUUUCCCCAACAGUUUGAGAGUGUGAGAGAGUGAGUGAGGGUUGAGGAGAUGAGAGAAGGGGAGGAGACCAUACAAACAACACUGGACUUCAGACGAGAGUUUUCCGAAGAUUUGCUGGUACGAGCACACACAAGGAUCCACCAAAAUGUCUUUCCUGUUGAUGUUUGUGACCGUUCUGCAUUUGGUCACCCUGGCCAUACUUUUCAUUGCCACCAUGGAGAAGUCCUGGUGGACUUUGGGAGACACGGGGAACUCGGAUCUCUGGUAUAAGUGCUCCUAUGACAAUGCCUCAGGAACCUGGUUAUGUGCAUCUGUCCAGGAGAACGAAUGGCUGCAGUCAGUCCAGGCCCUCAUGAUAUUAUCUGUAGUGCUCUCCUCCAUCUCCUUCAUGGUGUUCCUCGGACAGCUCUUCACCAUGUCCAAAGGAGGACUUUUCUACUUCACUGGUCUAUGUCAAUUUUUUGCAGGUUUUGCAGCAUUUGCGGCUGUCCUUAUCUACACCUUUCAAAGGAGCGAGAUUCUUCAAGAUGUUCAGGAACUGGAAAUGGGUCGUUUCGGCUACUGUUACAUUCUAGCCUGGGUCUGUGUGCCCCUUUUACUUAUUAGUGGUGCACUUUAUGUGCAUCUGCGCAAACGGGCCUGAUUUUUUAACACCACCCAACGCAUGUUUAGUCUGCUACGAGAAUAUAUAUGCUUUUGGCUGUUUUUAGGUCAAAUAUUUCAUGACGUAUGGCUUAUUGUUAGUGUUGUAAUUUAUUAUUAUCCUACUAGUUUGUAGGUCCAAACUCCCAACACCUGCUUUGCUGCUUUUGGGAAGUUGACUCAACAAGUGUUGUAUUUUACCAUAGUGUGGAAACUGCUGCUUUAUAGGAGAGACUUUUGUUCAUCUUUGGAACACAAAUGAAGAUCUUUUUGAUGAAAUCUGAGAGCUUUCUUGACAGCUACACAACUACCACGUCGACACUUCUAAAAGUUCGUAAAGACAUCAUGGUAACACUUUACAAUACGGGUGCACUAAUAUACAUUAAUUCAUGCUUAACUAAUGCAC